AUUAGAUUGUAAUACUAUUAAAAUUUUAAAGGAUUCUACUAUAAAUGUUUAUCCUUUUAAUAUAAAGUGUAUAGAACAUUUCAUCUCUAAAUGCUUUGGAUGUUGUCAUACCUAAAAUUUGACCCCCUAAGAUAUCACAUUAUAUAUAAUCUCACAUGCUUCAUCAAUUCAAGACAGAUAUCCAGAGCAAUCACUUGUUCACCAAGUCCUCAUAUUAGGGUUUCAAGCCAGAAAAGUUAGGCAAAGGAUCAAUCAAUGAAUGAAAUCAUCCUCAGUAUAUCAUAAGAGAUCAAAAUGCUUCAUUCAUCCCCACAUGAUCUCAAAUCUAAAGGAAUCAAGCCUCAAGUUCAUCAAAAACACCAAAUUAGGAUUUUGGAUUCAUCAGGGACUGCAGUUAAGAUUUUCAUCUGGAAGGGACUUCAAGCUUCAAAAACAUGAUUCAAAGAGCUCAAGUAUCUUCAUAUGAUUCUCCUCAUAAAAUUCUAAGCCAAUGUGUGCUUCAAUACAUGAUCAACAAUUUCCAAAUUCAUCUAGACCCCAAUUAGGGUUUUUGACCUAAUUCACUUGGGAGGUUGACUUUUAGUCAAUACAUGAUUCCACGACUUAAAUCAUGGUUCAACAAUCUCCAAUGCUUCAUUAUGGUCCACUCGUAUCACUCAUUCGAUUGGAAGAGCUUGAUUCAUCAGAUACUUAGAAGAUGUCAAUUCAUUUGGAAAAAGUCAACUAUUUGAGAUCACCUUUGACUUUUGAGCUCAUUUUGAAGAGAAAAUCAAGAUCUACAACUUUGUCAAGGUGAAAUUUUUUGCAAAAAAGUGAAUGGUUUUUAAGUUAGAAGCUUGUGAACAUUUUUCCAACACUUAGAAAAAAUUUCUAACUCUUUUUUAUCAACUUUUUCACCAACUUCCAAGCCAUUUUUCACUUUGAUCCAAGAUGAAUUCAUUCAAGACAUCACCAAGAGAGUUGAAGAACAUCCUCCAAGCUUUCCAAAAAGUCCUAAAACAUCAUUUGAUUUUACUUGAGCAAGAAGUUAUGAAUUUUCAAAGAAGGCUCCAUAAAACUAGUUUCAAGCUUAACUAGUCUUACUCUUCACCAAUUUUCCACAAGUUCUACAUUCAAUUAGCACAUGUUUAUGCAUUUUCAUCAACCAAGAACAAGUGUAUCAUUUUGGAAUCAUUUCAAAAGAAUAUCAAAGUACCAUUUUCACUUAUCAUGUGAAAAAGUAAUCAUUACCAAUUUGAAAUCAUUUCAAAAUUUGGUGAUUCAUCAAGUUUAUCUCCAAAUUCCAAAUUGAUCCCUCACAAAAUCAGAUUUGAACUUGUAAUUAGAGGAAUGAGAAGUUUGUAGAAUUGAAUCCUAACCAAGCCAAAAAACUCAUCAUUACAUGAAAGGAAUAUUCCAUAGCUUAUUCACUAAGUAAUUCAACUUCAAGCUCAUUUGCUCUCAAGACAAUCUCAUCUCAUUUUCCUAUAAAUAGAGAGCUCAUCUUCAUUCAAAAUCCCACCAAAGCAACUUCAAUCCUGGCUUUCUCUAACUUCUCUCUUUUCUCAUUUUUCAAAAUUUCUCAUGGAGUAAAGAAGUGAAUUCUUCAAGCCAGAGCUUCUCCUUUGAAAUUGAGCAUUCAUACAGUUCAUACACAUCAUGUAGAAGUGAUCCAAGUCCUGGUUGGAGUUUUGAAACAUCAGAAUCAUCAUCUCCAUCUUCUUUGAGUGGUUGUAGUUGAGAUCGUGUAGAGAAAUUCAGAAGAUUCCAGGCCAAUGUGAGCAUCCAAACACCUUCCAUAAUCAUCAUAGAAGCUUCCCAGAUCAUAAUCUUGCAACUGGAACAUCCAUAUCAAGAUUUUGGAUUUUCACUUUGAAGUUUCGCAACUCCAAUCUAGGUGGGACCAACAGCAAAUAAAAGCUCACAAAAAGAGCUAGCUAGUCACAAUAUCUAAAGAAAACUAAACAACAAAGGUAUGUAGUCCUUACCAUAGAUAACACACACACGCACACAUCAUACAUACAACAAUAGCGCACGUACAUCAUGAUAUAUGUCAGGUAACUUAAUCAUUCCUUGAAUUUUGUAACUCUGAUUGAGGUGGAACCAGCAAAGAAUGAAAACUAACAAAAAAUGCUAGCUAGUCCUAGUAGAUAAACAAAACAUAAAUUGUAUAAAAAUGAUUUUCACGGGCAGUAGAUAGUAUCUUUUAGAAGUUGUGAUCAUUGCCAUUAGUUAUCAUCCUAAACAUGUAGUAAUGAAGUGUAUAAAUGUUAACUCAAACAAAUAAUAUAAAUUGAAACAACAUAAAUUAUUUAAGAUUAUAGACAUAUUUAAUAACUAGAACUCAACCACACAUAAACGAAUAAAAAUUCAAGAUGUGAAAAAAGAGGUUACCAACAAUGAAGCAUUUGAAGAUGGAAAAUGUUGGUGUUAUUUGUCAGACUAAUUAAUAGCUUCUUCUUCUGACUCUCACAAUAAAAAACACUUUUUCUCUCACAAAAUUUUGAGCACAUCUUUAGUCUAAAAAAUCUCUCAUGUUUCCUCACGGAAUGACACAUAUUUACAAUGGAAUGCUAGAGUUUUGGGUGAAGAUAAUGACAAACAUUGCUACGAUUUUGUCAUAGUGAUAGUGAUUGGUUAGGUAAUAAUGUUAUCAAAACUCUACCUUAAGUCAUCCACAGUACAUCAUGCAAGGCAAUAAAUAUAUCACCAAACUGACAAGGCAAAAGAAGAGUAAAUGUGAAAGUAAAAAUAUGACUACCACGAAAGAGGAAGAUUCUUUAGUUAAAUGUUUAAAAUUAACCUUGACAACUUCUCUAAUUAGUCUUUGAUCAUUAUUAAAUAUUUUUUCAUUUUUUCUUUGUCUCUGAAUUUGAAUAUUUGAUUUUUUUUUUAGAAAACACUAAAAUCUUAAAUGAAUGAUUUUUUGGGUUUUCAUGAUUAGAUUAAAAUAAAUAGUAAUUUUUAUAGUAAAUGAAAAAUAAAAAACUAAACUGAAAUAUUUUUGUUUUUUGAAGUUAAUCGAUGGAAUUUAACAAACAAUAAAAAUUGAAAAAUUCAUUUUAAUGAUAAUGUAAUUAUUAACCAAAGGAUAAGUAAGUAAGGUCUUUAGACAAUGUGCCAAGGUAUCUAAAACAACAAAUGCAAAUAAGCUAAAAAGCUACCCUUAAUACCACGUCAAAAUUAUGUCAAGAAAUAUGUGAAAAAUAACAUUUCUCAUUAUGACUUGAGGCAAUCUUAUAAAUAUACAAAGUUGAAAAUAUUUAUAAAAAAACAUGAGUAAAUUAUUUCUCUUUUAAAUCAAAUAUUUUUCACCCUUUUUUUCAUUAGACAAAAAAAGUUGUAAUCAUAUUUGAGAAGAUGUUAAUAAUUUAAAUGAGUAUGAUACAAAAAAAAAAAAUAGAAACUAACAUCAAAACAUAAUAAACAGACACACAAAAUCUGAGAUUAAAACAAAUAAACAAAAAAACACAUGAAGAAAGAAAGAAUUAUUUAAAUAUUUUGGAUUGUUUAAUUACUUUUAGAAGGAGGUAGAGAGUUAGGUUAGUUGAAAGACUCCUUUUUGAAGGUGGAUUGCUAUUAUUUCUUAAGAUUGUGUUUGAGAGUUUGGAGAGGAGUAGAAGACUUCCAAAAACGUUUUAAAAAAAUAUAAAAAAAUAUUUAAUAUUUUUUGAAAAAAUGAUUUUGUUUAGAAUGAUAAAAGAGUCAUUAUUAUUACAAAAAUUUUAAUUUUCAAAAUAGUAUAACAACCUAAAAGAUAUUUAGAAAAUUUAUAUAAGCUCUUCAAAACCCUCCUUCAAUAUAAUCUGCAGGUCUCGAUCCAUUUGGACCCGUUGCAUCUCGUGCUUCUUGAGUAGAAGUCGAAUUUUCCGCUCCUGAUCCUGAACCUUGUGGGGGAUCUUGAUUACCCCCUGCACUGGCCGUAACGACCAUUUUCUUGUUGUACCUUCGUUUGGGAAUCGGUUGUGCACUGUCUUUUAAUUUACCGUUCCUAAGGUUCAUACAAGGUCUUGAUAUUGUCUAGACAAAAACAAAACAAUUGAUUAAAACAAUCCGCGUGACACUGUCCCACUGGGCGUGCCAAUUUGUUUACGGUGAUUUCCGGUAAACAACCGCUAGUCUUCCAAACUAUAAUAAAUAUGAUUUGGUUACUUGCAGGAUCGACUAGAUUGAUCCUAGGACACAUAGUCUAGAAGAUUGUUAUCAAUGUUCAUUUGAAUCAUAUUCGUAAUUUGUCCUCUUCGAUGAGUAUUGUUCGAUUCAAGAAUCUUGGUAAUUGCUUCGUUAUAUGUAAUUAUAACUUCAACAAGAAAGAUAAAUAACAUAACAUAUGAAACUUAAAGAUUGUUAAAACAUAAAGAAUCUUAAACUGCAGAAACGUUAAAGACUUUAAAAGUAAAUGAUCAUGAAAGUAAAUUCGGAAAUAAAAUAAAGAUACAGGAAUGUAAAUGACAAGAAAUAAAAGAAAUGCAGUAAUUCAGAAAUGUAUUCGAAAAUGAAAUACAAUACACAUGUAUUAAAAUGGUGGUGUCAUACGUACAUUUUCUCAGCGAACUCUUUCUCGUAACACUUGAUACUUGAGUAAAUAUGUGAGUGAUUUGUACAAAAUGAACACCCGGAAUCCUAACAUUAAAACUCCUAUUUAUACUAGUUUCGACCUUAACGGUCCUACACUAAUCUGCUGCCACGUUUCUCAUCAGAACUUCCAGCGAAGCCAUCUGUAUUUGAACGGUUACGAAACCGUCUUCGAAUUUCAAAUCUUCCCGCCUGAGUCCAUCUUCGACGCGUGGCAGUGUAAAAACACUAUGAAAACACGCUAAGUAGUAACACUUAAAUAUAUACUUUAUAAACUUUGUCUAAGUCUCGAAGACAUAUGCUUUCAUUAGUCUUUCAGUGUUCACUAUCUUCAACGAACUUAGAAGUCUGUAUCUUCGAGGCAUGACCAUCAGUAGCCAUUCUUUCACUUUUUUAAGGGAUGGCCAUCAGUAACCAUCUUUCCUUCGAUUCUCAACUCCUUCGAAGGACAAUAUAAAACGAAAUCUUCAGCUAACAAAUUGCCCCCAAUAAAUGCCUGUUUCGAGAAUCAACAGAAAUAGGCGUUUCUUGUCAUUAUAAGAUUUCGUUUUUAUGAUCUUUGAAAGUUCCAAGACUGCUGACUAACGUCAUAAUCACUGAUAACACUGUUUCCGAAACGUCUUAUCAUUUUCAAAGAUGUCUUCUCAUAACUUACAUUCCCACGUUUUAACCUUACUUACUGAUCAUUACUCCUACAUACUAGGAGUGAAGCUAACUCAUUCGACCGCCGUUGGAUUAAAUCACCAGCCGCCACGUGUCUCUCGGGUUUUACCCAAAAGAUUUAAAAGGGUUUCCUUUAAACCUUUAAAUAUUUGACCUUGUGCCUUUAUACCGCCUUCCAUUCAUCUUCUACACCGAGAAAACUAAGAAUAUCUUCACUCUUUCUAAAAUCUUGCUCUUUUUAGCAAAAACUCUUCCAUGGCUUCAUCUUCAAAUGUUCUUCAACCCGCUUUGAAGCUCCAAUCAACAACACGUUCUGGGGAACGAGAGUUCGUUCCAAACCCUAACACUGAAGAAAUACGCGCAAUCUACGCUUCCCAGGUAAUCAUACCUUUUGAUCUUUCUGGAAAAACUCUUGCUUUUAUGGGUCCGUUACCGAGUGAAAGUAUCCAAUCUGUAAAUAAAUUCUUCCCUGCUUAUUACAAGACUAGACCAUUAGUUAGCAAAGUUAAGAUAGAUGAAGACGGUCGUUCUCCUUUAGGCAAAUCUGCUAACGUUGAGAAAACUUCAACUGCAACCCCUUUAGCUUUAGCAAAAAUUAGGUUAAACUAUAUGACCAAUUCUGUAAAAGUUUUUAGGUCAAUCCCUUUAGCCAAAGAUCCUGACUUGUAUUAUGCUUGGCUAGAAAAGGUAGAGAAACAAAAAGGGUCCUUUUGGAAAUCGUUAGGGAUAUACGAUUUGAUCCAACUGUCAAAAACAGGUUUAGAAUACAACCAACCCAUGUUAGUAGCAGCGGUUCAUUUCUGGGAUGCUUCUCACAAUACCUUCCAUCUUCCAUGUGGAAUGGUUACCCCCACACUUUUUGAUGUGGCUGCUAUUACGGGACUUCGAACAACUGGCGAAACCUUUGAUCCUAAUGACAUGGAUAAUGACACUAUAGGUUUCAACGAUUCGCAAGUUACUUACACGGCAUUCAUCCAGAAACACCAUAUUACCACCGAAGCGACAGUAUCUGACGAAGAGCAUAUUGCUUUUCUAGCAUUAUGGCUCUCACGGUGCGCCUUCUGCUCAAGAUCUAUCCAGGUUGCAAAGAGGUACCUUUGCAUGGCUAAUCAGUUGCAUGCUGGUAGAAAACUCAACCUCAGCCAACUACUUCUAGGGUCUCUUUACGAAAACCUUAGUGAAGCUGCGAAUCUUACCAAGAAUUUCAAAUCUGGCAGUUUACUUUAUGCUGGUCCUUUUUGGUUAUUGCAACUGUGGCUCAAUGCCACAUUCGAAACUUAUCUUCCUUUUCGAGGAGAUGUCAAUGAGGAAGAUAGCACAAUCAAAAAUCGAACUAUAGAAGGGACCAGGUUAGCUUACCUAACUCCAAAAGAGGAAAUGGGAAAGCUUCAUGAACAUUUCUUGGCGUAUUCAAUGAUGUUUGCUCGGCGUGAUCAGUUCGAUCCUUCCAUGGCCCCAUUUGUACACAGAAUAAUAGGUCCUGAAUGGUUUACUCGAAAAUUUCCACCAACAUCUCAAGAUCAGCAAACUGAAUCCAUGGAAAUUUGGGAAGCCUUUCUGACUCCAAGAUUAUUUUCCCACCGUCUUCGACCAUCAAAGGGUCAAUGUAUCCUCAUGUGUUAUCAACCAAAUUUGGUCUCGAGGCAGUUUGGGCUAACUCAAAUAACACCCAAGUGCUUAUAUGAGAAAAGGAACCAUAUGUGUUUCCACACUUUGUAUCUGACUGAAGAAGAAUGUGAACGAAAGAUCAACAAAUAUACUGGCGUUGCCAACCUUUCUCCUAUUCCUUUCGAACCUUCUUUUUAGUCUACACCAGAUUUUCAUCAAUGGUGGGCAGAGUAUUAUAGCUCUCAAAUUUUUGAUGCUGAUAGCCUUGCUCAAGAACUAACCGCAGCUUUCACUGAUGUGCAGGAGAACUUCAAAAAAGGUACUUCAACUCAUAUUAAAGAAAUCCAAGCUUUUCAAAAAUUCUUUGAAACUAUCUAUAGGCCUGAUGAUCUUAGUCGGACCGUUCGUGAGGCUGCAGUCACUUUGCGCGAAAAGUUUUCCACCAAACUAAAUAAAUUGAAAUUGCCCUCGUAUGUUCGACCAGAACUACGUUAUGAAGUGGCUUUCAAACUUCAUCCUCCAAAAUUCCCUCCACUACCAAGUGCUGAUUUUGGUGUGGCUCUAAGUCCUCCUUUCCCAGACUGGUUCGUGUGUGGGAAUGCUCUCAAAAUUCUUCAAGAGAGUGCCAAAAAACGCGCUGAACGAGUGGUUCCGACUAAGCAUACCUUGGAUACUUUCAAAGGACAUCUUCAUAUAGAUCUUAAACACGUUCGUGUCCUGACUCCAAUACCUGAAGGUUUGGAUUAAGGCAAUCUUUUUCGACUGACUUUUCUUU